CUGGCAUUAAUCGCCGCGGUGGGCUCGCAGAGACAAGGGGACCUCGUCGCAGCCGCUCAGGCGGCUUCCAGGAGCCGUGAUGGCAUCUGUUGCACAGAGGAUGUCCAAAUUCACCUUUAUCUCCGGAGAAAACCACACCGGACGUCCAAUCUUAUAGUCCCGAUUAUGUCCCCAGCUGCUUGUGCUGCUGCUGUGCUGAAAAGUUUAUCAGGAAAGUGGAUACAGCUCAAUCAACGACUGAAACAUGGCGGAGCGCAGCAGCUGUGAUGGUAACAUCCUCAGCAUCCCAGUGCCCAUCCGCCGCGGCGGCUCCGAAUCCAACUUGGACGUGGUGGACAGCGUUGGAGUUGAUGGCGUCGGUCUGGACUUCACAAAAGGAGCACUGGGCAUUGACAGCCUGCAGCAGAAGAUCCUCAAGGUGACGGAGCAGAUUAAGGUGGAGCAGACGGCACGCGACCAGAAUGUCGCAGAGUACCUGAAGCUGGUGAACAAUGCUGACAAACAGCAGGUCUCUCGAAUACGCCAAGUCUUUGAAAAGAAGAACCAGAAGUCUGCCCAGACCAUCGCUCGGCUGCAGAGGAAGCUGGAGCAGUACCACCGGCGCAUGAAGGACGGGGAGACUAAUGGGAAGCACAGCCACAAAGACGUCAGCAACAAGGAGUCUGGGACUCACAGCAAGGAGGGAAGCCUGCGGGACGUCAGCGCCACCGGACGACAUCCGGCACUGGACAAAGUGAAAACCAUUGGACCAGGUGUGUCGCUUACGUCGCCUUUCUUCUUCAACAAGCCACGGGAGUUCGCCAAUCUCAUCAGGAACAAGUUUGGCAGCGCUGACAAUAUCGCCCACCUGAAAAGCUCCAUGGAGUCGGGGUCGGGGCUGCAGGUGGAGAGUGGAACCAGGGGUCUAAGUGGCAGCGCCACAACAGUAGCCAAGACCACAAAGUACCAGAGCGAUGACGAGUGCUCCAUUGGGUCGUCGGCAUCGGCCGACUCAAACGGCAACCCGACCGGGGGCUCGGGGACGGGGUCCGGGGGUCCGGGGAGGUCAGACUCCGGCGGCCGGCUGGUGGAGGUCCUGGACAUGGUGCGGGAGAUCAGGGAGUCGCAGACACAACUGACGGAGGACAUGGAGGCUCUGAACACGCAAUUCAAGAGAGACUACAGCUACUUCACGCAGGUGAUGCAGGAGGAGAGAUACAGGUAUGAGCGCUUGGAGGACCAGCUCAACGACUUGACGGAGCUCAACCAGCACGAGACCAGCAAUCUGAAGCAGGAACUGGCCAGUAUCGAGGAGAAGGUGGCCUACCAGGCCUACGAGAGGGCCAGAGAUAUACAGGAAGUCCUGGAGUCGUGUCAGACCCGCGUGUCAAAGCUGGAGCUGCAGCAGCAGCAGCAGCAGCAGACGGUCCAGCUGGAAACCCCUGACGCCAAAGUGCUGCUGGGUAAGUGCAUCAACAUCAUGCUGGCCAUCGCCACCGUCAUCCUGGUGUGCGUUUCCACGGCGGCCAAGUUCACCGCCCCGCUGCUGCGGAGCCGCCUGCACCUGGCGCUCACCUGCGUGGGCGUGUCCAUGCUGGCGCUGCUGUGGAAGAACUGGGAACAUUUGCAGUGCGUUUUGGAACGAUUGCUCCUCCCACACUGACCUGGAAGACCCCACCAGAACAGAAAAACUUCAUCCAGAUCAUGGCCACACGUGUCCGGAAGAUAUGUGGUCACCGUGACAAGGAGAACAGGGAGGAGAUCACAUGUAGCCUUGCUCCUGCCCUGCUCUCCAUACGGAUCCAUGACUGGAGUGCUUACCCAGAAUGCAUCUGCACAGUAUCCCACACAGAUAUAUGCAGAUGGAGGUUAACAAACUAAUAAGGGAUGUGUGACACACAUUCAAACAUGGCACCAUGCUGACAUAACACAGAUAAGUGUGUUGGACUAGAAGCAGAUAGAGCAGUUGGGAUUGAUCAGAUGCCAGCUGCCUUUGUCCCUCAAACACACGGAAGUCUAAACAUGAAUGAGUGAGCUCAUAUCAGGCUGUGUGUUAGUAUUUCCUGCCCUCAAAGGGAAUCUCAUCUCCAGCAAACGCACGCUGGCUGUUCUGUGGAUCAGCUCGAACCCAUGCCUCUUUACACCAGCCGGCUGUGACAAACACUCAUCCUCCUGAAGGUUCAUUUGUUCUGCGUGUCUGUAUUAAAAACAUCUGUAUUUAUGAGGUUGUUUCUGUCUGUGUCUGAGACGCACGUUGUUUUAUUCACUUUGAAUGUGUAUUUAUGUACUGUACAUCGUCCUGUGUUUGCCUAAUGCUGUGUUUCAUACAGGAAUAGUUGGACAUUUUGGGAAAUAGGCUUUGAAUUUUUUGAUGUUGAUCCAAAAUAUGAAGCCACAUUCAGGAACCCUUUCACUACACAGCUGGAAGGGAAAACAGCUUGUCUGUCCUAACAUGAUAAUAUUCACUCAAGCUUUACUGCUAAACCGAUAAAGCCUCAGAUUCUGCUUUUUUCUUUCUUUUUUUAUAACGGAUAUGUCUUACUAUAAAAAACAUAAUUUAUAUCAUAGGGUUUGUUACAUGAAAUUAAUUUCUGCUAAAAAGAAACAAAAAUAAUUUUUUUUGAGCAUAUAAACUAUCAACCAUGAAUAAACUGCAACCAAAGCCAGAAAUGUGUGUGUGUGUUUGUGUGUGUAUAUAUAUAUAUAUAUAUAUAUAUAUAUAUAUAUAUAUAUAUAUAUAUAUAUAUAUAUAUAUAUAUAUCCAUUUUCCAUAUUGAAACCUCUGCAGCUUUGUGCUGUAAUUAUAGACAUAUCUAACAUGUCGUAUCAGCACAAACUCCUGCUUAUAGUUUUAAUUGUAAUGGCCUGGAAUUCAUCUGUUAAAUUUUUAUCCCGUAAUUCUUGCUUUUAUAAACUGUUGCUUGGAAGCAGUAAUUCUGAAAAGUACCUUAUGAAACCUCAGUCAUUUUUCAUGCUUUUUUUUCUAUUUUUAAAUAUAUACAUAGUUUUUACACCAUCUACAUAUAUACGUGUAAGACAUGCAGCCUUUUUUAUAUCAGUUCCUCCUCCUUCCUCUCUGGCUAAGCUCUUCUCUUAUGCUGGGUGAAACCUAAUGUAGAGAUGGGGGUUAAAAAAAAGUGUCUUUCCCAAGAUGUCCAACUCUUGAAUUCCAGCAAAACUUCUGAACUGCCUCCUGUCUUGUUAACUCACUGUUUUUAGGGUUUUAUAUGUAAGCUAAUCUGUUUAUCUUCAGGUAACAGUUGCUCCUUAAAGCUGUUUAGGGAAGAAAUGUGGUUUGUAAGUCAGAAUGCAAACCACACAUGAACUGAAAGAACAGAAGUGUGCUAAGUUUAGAGAGGAAAAAGAAAAGCCGCCUACGUGAAAACUAAAUGCUUUUACUCAAUGAAAUGCCUUUUUAUUAGGUGAGCUGAACCAAUCUUGUGUGAAGGUUUGGAUACUGUGCUGUGUUCAGGUGCAGUGGGAAUAACAGAAGAUGCUCUGCCUGUUGAGACUAGAAAGAUUCCCACUUCUCUAAAUGUGUUUAAAAUUUCUUCUGUAAUUUUUAUUUUCAAAUUAAGCUCAUGGAUUUAUUUCUGGUUGAAAUGACCACAUAAACUCCUGUCCUGCCACAAUACUCCUAAUAUUAAAGAGCUGUAACGAGUUUGAGGUUCUCAUGGGAAAUGGCUGUUUUUUCUAACUCUUUAAGUGUCAGACAUGUCAACUGAGCCACUCAUACGCAGCAUUUAUUCUCUGGAACUGACCAAAACGUUGUAAUAACGUUCUCAUUGUUUUGUUUUGUUUUUCAACUGACAUAAAUGCAGCAUCUCUGACUGGAUGGAGAGAAGUGAACAAUGUAGCUGUGAUCUCCCAAACCCCGAAUCAUUGUGAUGAUGAAAGUGGGUAAAAAGGGACUGAUGCCUUUUUCAAUGCUGCACAUCUUUGUCUGAUGUGCGAAUGUUAUGGUUGUGUCGCUUCAAAAAAAAAAGAAAAGAAGAGCCAAAAAAGACUAAUGAGGCCUUUUUUUCCCUUUUUCGUAAGCAUUGAUGUUUUUUUGUUUUGUUUGUUUUGUUUCUUUCAAAUUGGCUCAAACAUUGUUUCGUGUCAGGAGAGACAUGCAGCCUCUCUACGAAGAUGUAUCUCUGUUCUGUCUCUUCUGUUUGUUCUUCAGUUUCUGGUAAUGGGUUGUCCAUUGUAAUGUUUUUUUUUUUUUUUCAAAUGAGAAAAUAAAUCUUUGUUGUUGUUUUGUAA